UACCACAGGAAAUUCGGCAAGAUUUUCCGCAUGAAGCUGGGCGCCUUCGACUCGGUGCACAUCGCCGCGCCGUGCCUCCUGGAAGCCCUGUACCGCCGGGAGGCUGCCUGCCCGCAGCGCCUCGAGAUCAAGCCCUGGAAAGCCUAUCGCGACUAUCGCGACGAGGGCUACGGGCUGCUCAUCCUGGAAGGCAAAGACUGGCAGAGGGUAAGAAGUGCCUUUCAGAAGAAGCUGAUGAAACCCGCAGAAGUUGUGAAGCUGGAUGCCCCCAUCAACGAGGUCCUGGAGGACUUCAUGUAUAGAAUGGAUGAUCUCUGUAACCACAAUGGACAAAUUGAAGAUGUAUAUUCAGAAAUCAACAAAUGGUCGUUUGAAAGUAUCUGCCUGGUGCUGUAUGGGAAAAGGUUUGGUCUCCUGCAGCGUGAUGUAGAUGAAGAAGGUUUGAACUUCAUCAAGGCCGUAAAAACGAUGAUGGCUACUUUCGGAAUGAUGAUGGUGACCCCAGUGGAGCUUCACAAGGGUUUCAACACAAAAGUCUGGCAAGCUCAUACUAAAGCAUGGGAUAAUAUAUUUAAGACAGCCAAGUAUUCAAUUGACAAUCGACUGGAAAAACAUUCUGCAAACCCUCAUGAGGAUUUCCUGUGUGACAUCUAUUCCGGAGGACAACUUUCCAAGAAAGAGCUAUAUGCUGCCAUUGCAGAGCUCCAGAUUGCAGGUGUUGAAACGACCGCCAAUAGUUUGCUGUGGGUUUUAUACAACAUUUCGCGCAAUCCACAUGUUCAGCAGAAACUUUUUACAGAAAUACAGAGUGUUUUGGCUGCUAAUGAGAGUCCAAGUGCUGAGAACUUGAAGAAAAUGCCUUACCUAAAAGCAUGUCUGAAAGAAUCCAUGAGAUUAACACCAUCUGUGCCAUUUACCACUCGCACUAUUGACAAAGAAAUGGUUCUGGGAGACUACGUACUACCCCAAGGGACAGUACUAAUGAUAAACACCCAUGCCCUGGGUUGCAAUGAAGAGUACUUUAAUGAUUGGACUCAAUUUAAACCAGAGCGCUGGCUUCAGAAGAACUUGAUAAAUCCCUUUACUCAUGUUCCAUUUGGCAUUGGGAAGAGGAUGUGCAUCGGACGGCGCUUAGCAGAACUCCAGCUGCAUCUAGCGCUCUGCUGGCUCAUUCGCAAGUACCAAAUUGUAGCAACUGACAGCAAGCCAGUAGAAACACUCCAUUCGGGAAUACUCAUUCCCAACCGGGAGCUUCCCAUUGCAUUUCGAAGACGGUAA